CCCCAUCCUCUGUAUUCCCAGGACUGUCCAGAGAAGAAGGUCCCAGAGAAUCCUCAGAUGACAAAUCUGGGGGAAGAUCUGACUGAUAUUAAAGUGGAGGAUGAAGAAGAGAGGAUGAUGGGCGAUCUCCCAUGUAAGAGCGAGGUGGAGGAGGACAUUCCAGGAGAUGUCACCACAGAUGGAUCCAGGAGGAGAAAUCCACCAGAGAGAUGUCCCCGUCCUCUGUAUUCCCAGGACUGUCCAGAGGAGAAGGUCCCAGAGCAUCCUCAGAUGAUAAAUCAGGGGCAAGAUCUGAGUGAUAUUAAAGUGGAGGAUGAAGAAGAGAGGAUGAUGGUCGAUCCCCCGUGUGGGAGUGAGGUGGAGGAGGACAUUCCAGGAGAUGUCCCCACAGAAAAUCCCAAUAAGAAUUUUGAUGAAAACUUUAUGUUAUCACUAAAUGAUAAAGCAGAAAAUGAAGAUAUCAUUCAUCGCUCUUCUGGGGGAAUCCUAAUUACCCUUAAUUUACUUCCAGGACAUCAUAGUACAGAUCUGUCAUACAAUCCCUUGAAUCAUGAGAAACCUUCUUCUGACCAAUCGCAGAUUGUUUCUACAAGUACAGGUCAGAAAGAGGUUAAAGGUUUUCAGCAUUGUAAAGAUUUCACAAAAACAGCCAUUCUUUCUACACACAGAAUUCCCAGAGGAGGAGAGAAGAAAUCAUUCCCCUGUUUAGAAUGUGGAAAGUGCUUCCAGUAUAAAUCCCUUCUUGUUAGGCAUGAGAGACAUCACACAGGAGAGAAGCCGUAUUCAUGUUCAGAAUGUGGGAAGGGCUUUAAAAUGAAAUCCUAUCUUGCUAUACAUGAGAGAACUCACACAGGAGAAAAGCCAUAUUCAUGUUCAGAAUGUGGAAGAUGUUUUACAGAGAAGUCAACUCUAGUUGUACAUGAGAGAAUUCACACAGGAGAGAGGCCAUAUGUGUGUUCAGAAUGUGGGAGACGUUUUACACAAAGAUCAGAUCUUGUUAAACAUGAGAGAACUCACACAGGAGAGAAGCCAUAUUCAUGCUCAGAAUGUGGGAGAUGUUUUACAGAGAAGUCAGCUCUUGUUGCACAUGAGAGAAUUCACACAGGAGCGAGGCCAUAUGUGUGUUCAGAAUGUGGGAGACGUUUUAAACAAAGAUCCGAUCUUGUUAAACAUGAGAGACGUCACUGAGAAGAGAAGCUAUAUUAUUGUCCAGAAGGUAAGAAAUGUCUUACACAAGUCAGAUAAUGUUACACAUGAAAGAAUCCAUACAGACGGGAAGUUGUAUUCAUGAUCAGAAUGUGGGAAAUGUUUUACAAAGAAAUCACAUCUUGUUACACAGAAGAGAAUUAACACAGAAAAGAAGCUGUAUUCACGUUCAGAAUGUAGAAAGUGCUUUUCAAAUAAAUCUAAUCUUUUUAUACAUGA